AUACAUACGUGUAAAGCUGUCCGCCUCGAGGUUAUAUGAUGCCAUAAUAAGUUUCAGGCCUUCCAUAGGCCAAUCUGCCGUACCCGCACGUGUCAUCAUUUUAAAUCCCACAUCUUGCUCGGCACAGUACACGCAAACAGAUUUUCCGUAAUCCACAAAGUUCUCAGCUUGACGAAAUGGACGAUGACGACGACGAGCACUCGGCUUCACAAGUGCACUCAUCAAAAGGUGAUCAAACAGAUUGGACAGAGGACUCGGAUGACAACUUGUAUCGAUCAAUAAUAUCCAAGACUAUGAUUCACUCCGAGCAUUCAUCAAUACCGUUUGUCCCGGUUCAUAUGUGUCCAUGACGGAAGUCAAGUUCAGCGCGCUGGAUAGCUUAACCGUGAAGCCUAUUGGCAUUUAUGGGAGCAAAGAAGAAAUACUGCGGCACUUAUUGUCUCUCGGCGUUGUCGAGAGGAGGCACAGUGCCCUGCGAUGUCCCCGCGCCAAAAAUCUUGCCGCCCGCAUCUUUGGUUCUCAACUUAUGGCCCAACCUUUGUUCUUGUUGGCUUUCCGAGAGGAGGAGGGUAAGUGAGCUUGUAUCUUUUUUUCACCUUCGUUUCUCGUACUAAUAUGCUGAGAUCUCACACUAGGUACUCUAAUACACUCCCCGCACCACUCAUCUCUCCGACCGCACAUCUCACCCGUCUGCUAUGGCCGGAUCUUCAUCCUGGGUCAGCUACAGGGAGGUGACUUAGGGACUACCUACAUGAAGAAUUUCAGUCAAUCGCUUCUUAGUGACCAACUAAUACGUCAAAAUAGCUAGCUUCUCUCGUGGCUUCCCACGGCCCUUGAAUUCGGCUAUAUCCUACACUUCUUAUGUCGAGCAGUUUCUGCGAUACUGGCUAUCAUGUAAAUUGUCCGAGUGCAUAUCAUCUCGUCGAGUUCCAAAAUAUGUAUCUGCACCAGAUGUCUCUCUUUUCGCAUCUCAAACGCGCUCGUAAUGAAGAAGUUUCCAUCUUUCAA